UGUCUGGCACACUGGAGUAACGUGAACCGCAGUAGUUAAAUCUACGUGCUUAACAUUUAUUUCCAUUUUGCGAAAAACAUAAAUCAUGAGAAAACAAGUGACGUUCGUAGAAGAAGAAAACAGUAACGGAGACCAUCUAAACCGACACGACAGCAGUCGCUACUUAGCAACGAGGUCAGCAGGACCUUACGAACCACAUAGAGGGAAAUAUUUAGGUUCUCAGAGUUUGUUCAAUGGUCAAGACGCCAGCACAAAGACCCGGAGGACGUCCCAUUUUAAGGCAGCACCUCAGCAGCUGUCUGAAACCCAACAGAUGAAAACAAUACACAUUCCCAAGUCCAUGAUGGCUGCACCUUUUCUACAGCAUCCUGGCCUGACACAUGGACAGAAACGCUACCUGUACAGCAUUGCCAAUGUCUACAGCACAGAUCAUAUGAGGAAACUAAUGAAACGGCACUACCUGAAUGUGCUAAAUCAGUGCAUUAGAGCAGGUCAGAAUGGAUUAGCAGAAAACAGGACUCAACAGCUCAAAAAGAAGCAGGCAUUUGAAUGGGGCAGUAAGACAGAUUCCCGAUCACAAGAAAAAGCAAAACCAAAUGGGGACAGACACACAGCUGCCAGGAAUUCUGGGAAGAUCAUCCUACCCAGCAUUGCUAACAGUCAGAGCAGGACAACAUCCACUACAUCAUAUGAAAGAACUUAA